AUGACGUCAUCAGGGCGCCAAAAAAACACUAAUGGGGAAGAUACCCCUUCUGUGUGCCACACUGAUCUUCAGUGUACAAGCCCUGCAAUUUACCCAGAGUCAUCAUGGGAGGACUGUCUCCUCGAGCAACAGGACCAUUUAGAAAGAGAGAUGGAAGAAGCCAAGAAAAUGAUAUCUGCUAUUCAGGCCCUGCUAUUAAACAGAUCCCUCCCUGAGGACGAACAACAGAAUCUGUUCACUCUGCAAGAAGACGGGGCGUGCCCAGAAGAACAACUGGUCAUCAUCAAAAGUCGUCUGGAUCAAAGUAUGAGUGAAAAUCAGUCACUAAAGAAUGAACUUUUGAACUAUAAACAGGAAAACAGAAAUCUGCAGGGAAUAGAGGAUGCGCUGCAGCAGAGAUUGGCUACCCAAGAAAGCUCUGUGCUUCAACUGAAACAGGAGUUACUGCGGGCUAAUAUGGACAGGCAUGAGCUGCAAAGCCAGAAUGUGGACUUACAGAGAAAAAUGGAAGAGAGGAGCCAGUUUAUUGCAGACUAUAAGAAAGAUUUAACCAAGAAGGAAUGGCUUAUACAACAACUGCAAGGAAAGCUUGAUGAAUCUCAACGGAAGCUUUCUGAAGCCAACUAUCACAAGACUGACCUUCAGAAAGAGUUGGAUCACCGGAAGGCUCUUCCUCAGCAGUACAUGAAUGAAGAAGAUGAUCAGGUAGAGCUGAGUGUUUCACGUUACUCUAUAUAUAGUGGCCACAGUUGUAUCCACUUCUGCAUUCUUUUUCUCUUUACACGCUGUGUUCUGCAGAAUGGCAGCAGGCCUCUGUGCUCCAUUUUUCAGCAAGUUCUUGCCUGUGCUCUGCUCCUUAAACAUUUUAAAGUAGAGUUCAGCUUUAACUGGGAUUCAAAUCCUUCAAUGCCACAUUCACAGAGCACCCCAGUCAUGGGCAGCAGCAACUCAUCCACCAAAGUGCUGUACUUUACUGACCGCUCUCUGACACCCUUCAUGGUCACUUUACCAAAGAGGUUAGGAGAGGUGACACUGAGGGACUUCAGAGCAGCUAUUGGUCGAGAGGGAAGUCACAGAUACCACUUCAAGGCUUUGGAUCCUGAAUUUGGAACAGUGAAAGUAGAGGUGUUUCAUGAUGAAGAUAUUAUUCCAGGCUGGGAAGGUAAAAUAGUAGCCUGGGUGGAAGAAGAUCACGGAAGCAUUUGAAUGAUAUUGAUCAUUGGUACAAUGAGAAACUCCAUGAUACGGGUCUGGAUAUUUUAUCAUGCUGCCAAAAGAGGAUUCUGCAGGCACCAAAAGGAAAGCUCAUACAUAGUUCCAGCUGCAGGAAAGUGGAUCCUUACUAGUUGCUGGUGAUGCCGUUAAUGCAUCAAACGAGACAAUAUACAUUUGGGAUAGCCGCAAUGAUAUUAUUUCUUAGGAUUUAUGUGGUCCCUGCCUUGUGGUUGCCAGCAGCCUUAUAAUGUAUGAAAUACAGUAUGUGAUGAAGAGUAUUCAGUAUUUUUCUACAGGUGCACUAAAUCUAGUCUUGCAGUUAUAGCAGGGCAAUAUGUAACAGGUCCCUUCAGGUUAGACAAUCCUUAGAUUGGGUCAAAUGCAGUAAACUAUUUGCCAUCUACGUAGUCUGCAUAUCAUUGGUUGGAACAUGGAAACAUAAAUUCUACAGCAUAGGCCACUCAGAUGGCCAGAUUGUUAUUGCUGUAGAAUUUAAUCUAUGGUACAAAAAUGGUUAAAGCAUGGAUAUUCAUCCUGGGCCUGUACAUCUCACAAGAUACGGUGUAGGAGGCUUAUAGUUCAGUGCUUAUCAUACACAUAUUAAAAAGAUGUUUUCAGAUUUUUGCCUGAAAACCACUAAAUCUUCGGAUUAUUACACAAAACCCAUCGCA